AUGUUUAAUAAUAAAUAUAUUUUUUUAAAUUAUAUUUAUAAUAAUAAUAUAUAUUUAAUUUUUGAUUUUAAAAAUUUUGAUUAUAUAUAUAUUAUAGUUAAUAAUAAAAAUAGUGAAAUAAUAAAAUAUAUAUAUAUUAUAAAUAAUAUAUAUAUAUAUUUUAAUAAUAUUAAUAAAAUAUACUUCAUAUUAUAUAAAAUGUAUGAACAUAUAUUUUUAAAUAUUAAUAAUAAUUUAUAUAAAUUGAUAUUAAAUAUUAUAGGAAUUAAUUAUAAAUUUUAUUGUAUUAAAAAUUAUAAUUUAUUAAUAUUUCAAUUAAAAUAUAGUCAUAAAAUAAUUAUAAAAUUACCUAAUGUAAUAUUUUAUAAAUUAAAUUUAUUUAAAAAUAUUAUAUAUUUAUAUAGUAAUAAUUUAUUAAUAUUAAAUUCUUUAGGUAAAUUAAUAAAUUCAUUUCAAUAUAUAAAUAAAUAUAAAGAAUUAGGUAUUAGAGUAAUAAAAUAA